CAGCCACAAACCAACCACGUUUCAAGCUUCCACUUGUUUCCCUCCUCCCCGCUCCACCCCUUCCGCCGCCGGGGCGAGGCGCCUCGCCGUCGCUGUCAGGGCGGUGGCCGGCGGGACCCGCUCGGCAGCGGCCAUGCGCGCCCGCUUCCUUCCGCUACUAGCGCGGCAGUGGCAACAUCAGGGGAGCAGCUCAAGCGGUGCGCGGAGAGGCUGCUGCGGGCGCCACCUGGGCGGGGAAACGCGGAGGGGACUAGCGGCGGCGGCGACGAGGUGGUGGCACGUUGGUAGGAGGGGGUUCGUGGCAUCGGCGGAGGCGGGGCCGAAGGGGGAGAUGGAGAGCACCAUGAAGGAGAUACGGGGAGUCGGGGCGCCGUGCGUGCUGGACAUGGACGACGCGGCGACGGUGGGCGGCGGCGUCGAGGACACCUACGGCGAGGACCGCGCCACCGAGGAGCAGUUCGUCACGCCGUGGACCGUCUCUGUCGCGAGCGGUUACAAUUUGUUGAGGGAUCCACGCUACAACAAGGGGCUUGCCUUCACAGAGAAGGAGCGCGAGACACACUACCUUCGUGGCCUUCUGCCACCAGCAGUCACAUCCCAGGAGCUCCAGGAGAGGAAGAUCAUGCAUAAUAUUCGCCAAUACCAGCUACCUCUGCAGCGUUACAUGGCUAUGAUGGACCUUCAAGAGAGGAAUGAGAGGCUUUUCUACAAGCUCCUCAUUGACAAUGUUGAGGAGCUGCUUCCUAUUGUGUACACUCCAACUGUUGGUGAGGCCUGCCAAAAGUAUGGGUCAAUAUAUAGUCGUCCGCAGGGUCUUUACAUCAGCUUGAAAGAGAAGGGAAAGAUCCUUGAGGUGCUGAAGAACUGGCCUGAGAGAAGCAUUCAGGUUAUUGUCGUUACUGACGGUGAACGUAUUUUGGGGCUUGGAGAUCUUGGAUGCCAGGGAAUGGGGAUUCCUGUUGGUAAGCUUUCCCUUUACACUGCUCUGGGAGGGGUUCGUCCAUCUGCAUGCUUGCCAAUCACAUUGGAUGUUGGUACAAAUAAUGAGGAGCUUCUGAAUGAUGAAUUUUACAUUGGCUUGAGGCAAAAAAGGGCCACUGGCCAGGAGUAUGCUGAUUUUCUGCAUGAAUUUAUGGCUGCUGUGAAGCAAAACUAUGGGGAGAAAGUUCUCAUUCAGUUCGAGGAUUUUGCAAACCACAAUGCCUUUGAUCUCCUUGCAAGAUACGGAACAACCCACCUUGUAUUCAAUGAUGACAUUCAGGGAACAGCUUCGGUGGUCCUUGCUGGGCUUGUUGCAGCACUGAAAUUAGUUGGUGGUACAUUAGCAGAGCACACCUACCUGUUCUUGGGAGCUGGAGAGGCUGGGACAGGUAUUGCGGAACUUAUAGCUCUUGAGAUGUCAAGACAGACAAAAACACCAAUAGACGAAUGCCGCAAGAAAAUCUGGCUUGUUGAUUCAAAGGGCCUGAUCGUUAGUGCGCGAAAGGAGUCUCUUCAACACUUCAAGAAACCAUGGGCUCAUGAGCAUGAGCAUGUCCGCAACCUCUUAGAUGCAGUGAAUGCUAUCAAACCAACAGUGUUGAUUGGCACAUCUGGAAAGGGGCAGACUUUCACACAGGAGGUUGUUGAAGCCAUUUCCUCAUUUAAUGAGAUGCCUAUCAUUCUUGCCCUGUCCAACCCAACGUCGCAGGCUGAGUGCACUGCUGAACAAGCUUACACAUGGAGCAAGGGUCGAGCAGUGUUUGCAACUGGAAGCCCAUUUGAUCCAGUGGAGUACAAUGGCAAGAUACAUGUGCCUGGCCAGGCAAACAAUGCAUAUAUCUUUCCAGGGUUUGGCCUUGGGGUGGUGAUGUCUGGGGCAAUCCGUGUGCAUGAUGACAUGCUUCUUGCAGCCUCGGAGGCUCUGGCUCAGCAGGUCACACAGGAGAAUUUUGACAAGGGGCUAAUUUAUCCCCCCUUCUCAAAUAUCAGAAAGAUCUCUGCUCAUAUCGCGGCCAACGUUGCAGCAAAGGCAUAUGAACUUGGUUUGGCGAGUAGGCGCCCUCGGCCGAAGGACCUGGUCAAGUAUGCAGAGAGCUGCAUGUACAGCCCGAUUUACCGCAAUUACAGGUGAAUCCGCAUUCAUCCGGCUGUGUACAGAAACAGUUUGUCCAACUACUUGCUUCAAAAUCCCUGAAGAACACCACUUGUGGUUAAGCUGUGCAACCGGAGUUGGUUCAAGCUUUGUUUCGUAUUUACUUCCUGUGCUGCCUAUUCUGUAGUACUCCCUCCGUCCGAAUAUACUUGUCAUCAAAAUGGACAAAAAGGGAUGCAUCUAGAACUAAAAUACAUCUAGAUACAUCCCCUUUUAUUCAUUUUGAUAACAAGUAUUUCCGGACGGAGGGGUACUUCCUUCGUCCCACAAUGUAAGACGCUUUUGCAACCUAUUUUGGGACGGAGGGAGUAUUCGCUUGCUACUACUACUUGGUCUGUAUACUGUAGUAGUGCUUUUGCCCUGGAUGUGAUGUAUAAACUGCCUUUGUGGCCAGAUAAGAUAAGUCUUUGAAUUCUCAUCGGACAAAGUUAUCGUCCGGUGCAUGUGGUGGAGAAGGACAGGUUUGGAAUAAAAGUUUCUACAGUUUCUUCCUCGGUA